ACUAUGAUCGCGUUGUUAAUAGACUGGCGCCCACUAUCUUAUUAUCAUCCAAUACAGAAUCGCCAUUUCCUCUCACUUCCACCGUGCCUGCUUCUAAGGUCAAAUAUGGAAAUGCUCCUAAAGAGGCCAUCCUUCAGAUACCUACUAAGCUAAAUUUGACUGAGACAAAAGGUGUUAACUACUUUUCCGAUGAAUACAACAGAUGUGAAAUCCCUUCUGGGCAGCCAUCUUUCGGUCCGGAAUUUGCUCUUUCGCAGAACCAUCAACAUAACUGCUUUGGUACAUCUCUGUUAUCUGUUGAUUCAGACUCUAGGCAUACAGAAUCUCUUAGCUCUCAAGAAAAUAAAUAUGGAGAAGAAGGCUUUCGACCGGGACCGGAGAUUUCCACUCAUUUCUUCAAUUCUCCAGAUCAGACGAAUCUAUCUUUUUUACUUCCUCCAGCAACAAAAUUGUCCAGUCAGCCAAUAUCCGAUCACCCUUCAAGUUGCAUUGCUUCGAUCCUGCCGCAGGAAAUUGUAUCUCUAUCUCAUCAACCGAAUGAAUUGACCAAAACUCAGAUAUCGGCUUCAGAUACUGCCAUCUUAUUCACUGAUAUAUCCCACAAGCUAGAUAUACCUGAUGGAACUAAUGAACAAGCAAGAGAGGUAGAAUUGAUGGACAAGGCGGACAAAGUAGAUUCGGAGAAGACGGUUGAAAUGGAAGUUACUACAGGGUGGUCCACUUUUUCUUUCUUUAGAGGUAAAGUUAUAGUGCUGAAGAUUGUUUGCUGA